AUGCGCUCCUCCGUCGACACCGCCGACGAGGCGUUGGCGCGCAUGGGCUACCAGAGCGAGUUACCUCGAAAUCUGAGUAUGCUCAGUAUCCUCGGUUUAUCCUUUGCUAUCAUGGCAGCACCAUAUGGUCUCAGCACUACCUUAUACAUCACACUUGACGACGGUCUAUCAGUGACCAUCAUCUGGGGUUGGGUUUUCGUUACUCUAAUCUCAUUGGCAAUUGCUGCCUCUCUCGCUGAAAUUUGCGCCGUAUAUCCCACCGCUGGCGGUGUUUAUUAUUGGAGUGCAAUGCUUUCUACUCGACGCUGGGCCCCGUUAAUGUCCUUCAUUGAUGGCUGGCUUACCUUAGUCGGGAAUUGGACCGUCACGCUUAGUAUUAUCUUCGGUGGUGGUCAAUUGAUCCUCAGUGCGAUCUCUCUGUGGAACGAAGACUUCGUCGCGAAUGCUUGGCAGACUGUGCUCAUGUUCUGGGCUGUGCUACUGGUCUGCAUCCUCGUUAAUAUCUUCUGCUCUCGCUACCUCGACCUUAUUAAUAAGGUUUGCAUCUUCUGGACCGCGGCGAGUGUCAUUAUCAUUCUCGUCACUUUGCUCACUAUGGCGGAGGGCGGUCGCAACUCAGGCGAAUUCGUCUUUGCGACAUAUGAUUCCUCGCAGAGUGGUUGGCCUGCUGGCUGGGCUUUCUUUGUGGGCUUGCUGCAGGCAGCAUAUACGUUGACGGGGUACGGUAUGGUUGCCGCUAUGUGUGAGGAGGUCCAGAACCCAGAACGUGAGGUACCCAAGGCUAUUGUGUUGUCUGUGGCUGCAGCAGGUGUCACUGGUCUACUGUACCUGAUUCCAGUACUUUUUGUCAUGCCUCGUGAUGCUGCGGGCUUACAAGCGCUGCGAAGUAUCGCUAGUGGACAACCUAUUGGAUCUAUCUUCAAGAUAGCCACCGGAUCUGCUGGAGGAGGAUUCGCACUGCUCUUCCUGAUUCUGGGAAUUAUGCUCUUUGCAGGAAUUGGCUCUCUCACGGCAGCGAGUCGAUGCACCUAUGCUUUUGCUCGUGAUGGGGCUAUCCCCGGGUUUCGACUCUGGCGUCGUGUGAACAAGAAGCUUGAUGUCCCUGUCUGGGCUAUCAUUCUGUCUGCCAUUGUGAUCGCUCUUCUGGGAUUGAUCUAUUUUGGAUCCACGGCGGCGUUUAACUCAUUUACGGGUGUGGCUACGAUUUGUCUGUCAACAUCGUACGGUCUGCCCAUUUUGAUUUCUAUGAUCCGCGGCCGUCAAGAUGUACAACGUUCCAUUUUCCCUCUUGGAAGAUUUGGGUACGUUAUCAAUGCGAUCACAAUCGUUUGGAUUGUCCUGGCUGUUGUUCUGUUCUGCAUGCCCUAUACCCUUCCCACUACUGCCUCGUCUAUGAACUAUGCGAGCGUAGUAUUUGCUGGAUUUGCCACAAUUAGUAUUGUGUGGUACUUCGCAUAUGCUCGCAAGCAUUUCACUGGGCCCCCAGUUUUUGAUGGAGAUGCUCAAGAUGCGAGUAUUAUUGCGGGUACUAUGGUGGAUACGGAACAUGCGAUGGAUGUAUCAGAGGUGAAGAAGUUUCCGAGCAGCGAUUAA